UGUGUGACAACGCGGAAAUGCAAAUACGCUGUCAUUUUGUGACCAUAGUUCGUAAACCAGAAAAAGGAAGUUCUGCUUUGCUGUUGCAUGAAGUUCAAGCCUGGAGGAGAAACGCACAGGCACGCAGCAGGCUGUACCCCCUGAACUGCUCCACUUUCAACUUCCUGGGCAAGAAAGAGAUUUUCAACUAAUCCCUCCAGCCCCACAACAGCCUCUGCCGGCCAACACAAGAGCCCCCUGGGAACCUGUGACCUGUUGGGAGUGCCCUCAUUGGAAAGUUCAAAGGAGCCAGGAGUCUCCCGCUCAGCCUUCCACAGGGCCUGGCAAACUCUGCUGUGAGAAUGGAGUCAGGUGCAGGCUCCUCAAUCCCCUCUGGUGCUGUUGCUGCCCUAGGGGAUCUGGAUGCUGGGCCUAGCAGCUCUUCCCAGGAGAAAGCCAAGGCCGGGAAGCACCAGCCCUUGGAGCCACAACUCACAGACCUCAGGAUGCCCCAAGAGCUUCCCAUCUGCAGGGACCAUGCUAUCACCAGUCCUGGCAUGCUGGCAGCUGCAGGGAAUGGGGACAGCCUUCUGGACACAGGCCCCACAGGCGAGCAGAGUGGCAAAGUCCCUAACCGGGACAGUGGAAUUGACAGCCCGUCCUGUAGUGUGACUGGUGAGAGCUUCACCUGUGAGGAGAGCAGCGAGGCCCGCCAGGGCCCCACCAUGCUCGGGCUCCACCCAGAGACAGACUCACAGAAUGCCUCACAGGAUACCACCAGUGAUGUGGAUGAGGGCAGCAGCGAGGCCGGCCAGGGCCCUGCCAUCCUGAGGCUCCAUCCAGAGGCAGACUCACAGGAUGCCCCACAGGACACCACCAGUGAUGUGGACGAGGGCAGCAGCGAGGGGCCUGACCUAGGGACUGUCCUCCAGACAAGUGACGUGGAGGCAGGUGUGGCCAAGAGCACCAAGCCCCAGCAGCUGUUCAACAUCGCCAGAGAGCUUCUUCACACAGAGGAGGCCUACGUGAAGCGGCUGCACCUGCUGGACCAGGUCUUCUGCACCAGGCUGACGGAGGCCGGGAUCCCUGUGGAGGUCACCACUGGCAUCUUCUCGAACAUAUCCUCCAUCUAUCGCUUCCAUGGGCAGUUCCUCCUGCCAGAGCUGCAGGCACGGAUAGCUGAGGAGUGGGAUGUGAACCCCCGGCUCGGGGACAUCCUGCAGAAGCUGGCCCCAUUUCUCAAGAUGUAUGGCGAGUAUGUCAAGAAUUUCGACAGGGCCAUGGAGCUGGUGGGUACAUGGACCCAGCGGUCAGUGCUGUUCAAAGACAUUGUCCACGACAUCCAGAAACAGGAGGUGUGUGGGAAUCUGACACUGCAGCACCACAUGCUGGAGCCUGUGCAGAGGAUCCCCCGCUACGAGCUGCUGCUCAAAGACUACCUGAAGAGGCUCCCGGCAGACGCUCCUGACUGGAGGGAUGCAGAGAAGUCUUUGGAGCUCAUCUCCACUGCAGCGAACCACUCCAAUGCAGCUAUUCGGAAGAUGGAGAAAAUGCACAAGCUUUUGGAGGUGUAUGAGCAACUGGGUGGGGAGGAGGACAUCGUCAACCCGGCCAAUGAGCUCAUCAAGGAAGGUCACAUCCAGAAGCUGUCAGCCAAGAACGGCACCACCCAGGACCGCUACCUCUUUCUGUUCAACAGCAUGGUCCUUUACUGUGUGCCCAAGCUGAGACUCAUGGGCCAGAAGUUCAGUGUCCGGGAGAAGAUGGACAUUUCGGACCUCCAGGUACAGGAUAUUGUCAAGCAAAAUGCAGCUCAUACAUUUGUUAUAACAGGAAGGAAAAGGUCCUUGGAGCUGCAAACUCGGACAGAGGAAGAGAAGAACGAAUGGAUUCAGGUCAUCAGGACCACCAUUGAGAAGCACAAGCAGAACAGUGAGACCUUCAAGGCCUUCAGUGGCCCCCUCAGCUGGAACGAAGACUCUACCCUCCCUCCAGAACCAUCAGUGAUGGGUGCCAGCUCUGUGGAGCCUAUGGUGGCGACCGAUGGCAGCAGAGGAGCUGGAAGGCCCCACGCCCAGCGUCAAGGCUCCCCUACUGGAACGGUGCACUCUCAACUCCAAAAUCAGUCGCUGCCUCCCGGGGACUUCUCGUCUCUCCAGCCGCGUGGCCGUGCCGCCCCCGUGAACCAGCUUGAUUCUAGAAAGUCUUCGUCUAAAACGAGGCGUGAGAAGGAGAGGCAGAGCUGCAAGAGCUGUGGGGAGACCUUCAACUCCAUCACCAAGAGGAGGCACCACUGCAAGCAGUGCAGCGCGGUCAUCUGUGGGAAGUGCUCCGAGUUCAAGACUGAGAACAGCAGACAGAGCCGGGUCUGCAAGGAGUGUUUCCUGAACCUGUCAGCGGACCCUGCCAGCCCCAGCUCCGAAGCGCCCACUGAGCCCAAGAAGGGCACAGAGAAGCCGCCUGCUGCAGACCCCCAGGACAGCCUGCUCUGCGGCACCCUGCAGCUGUCGGAAGACGGCAAGGCCUGGAGUGAGGUGUGCGCCUCCAUCCCGAGGACAGACCCACAGGUGCUGCACCUGCAGGGAGGCAGCCAGUGACUGGUCAGGUGAUCCAGGACGGCCAUCUUGGAACCCGAGGGCAGAAGCAGUAAGAAGCCUGAUCUCUGACGACACCCUUAAUCUGCUAAUCCAAGCUGCCUCUAAAGCAGUUACGUGAGUGAAUAAAUUUCAUUUGGAGUCAGAUUUUCUGUCUCCUGUACCUGAAAACAUGCUAACUGCUGCCCUGCCCCACCCUGCAGCCUCCAUUUUGUGCAACCAGCCUACAUUCUCCAACACAGACUGCCCUGGCCAUGUUCCCCCUCCCCUGACGCAGGCCCUCAGCAUCUUUGAGGGACACAAAACCCUUCUCCAGGCCUGCCAGGGCCACAGUCUUCAGUGUGCUACCUCCACACACCAGAAACGCAGACUUUUUAAAACAAUUUAUUUUAUUGAUAUUGUUGACAACAUACACUGCGAAACAUAUACCAAUUCGACCACUUCUACAUGUACAAUUCAGUGAUAUCACAUUCCUCUAGUUGUGCAACCAUUCUCACCCUCCUUUUCUGAAUUCUUCCUCCCCCAUUAACAUAAACUUGCUGCCCCCUAAGGUUCCUAUUUAUCUUUUGAGUUGCUGUUGUCAGUUUGAUCCCAUAUAGUUAGAUCUUAAAAAAAGCACAAUGCUCAAGGCAGAUUUCUUUACUAGUUAAGCUAAACUAUUGUUUGGUUUUAAGAGGACUUUGGGGGAUAUUUUUGGUUUAAGGUUUAAAGAUUAUUUCAGGGCAACAGUUUCAGGAGUUCAUCUAGCUUCCAUGGCUUCAGAAAGUUUGGAGCCCAUAAGAAUUUGAAAUCCUGUUCUGCGUUUUCUCCCUUUGGUUCAGGAUUCUUCUGAAUCUUUGAUCAAAAUGUUCAGUGCUGGUAGCUGGGCACCAUCCAGUUCUUCUGGUCUCAUGGCAAAGGAGGCAAUUGUUCAUGGAGACAGUUAGCCACACAUUCCAUAUCCUCCUGCUAUUCCUGACUUUCCUUCUUCCUCUGUUGCUCCAGGCAAUUACAGACCAAUUGUUGUGCCUUAGAUGGCAGCUUGCAAGCUUUUAAAGCCCCAGGCACUAGGCAACUAACUUUUACACCACAGUGCGGAACACGCCACCUCCUUCUCUUGACCGCUCUAUCCUAGAAAGAAAGCUUGGCUUUCCCUGUGUCUUUUCAAAAUUCGGAGGAGUAAAUUAUUCCCUCCCUAAAAUCUGCCCCCAGAGAGACAUCUGAAAACUGCUGACACCUCUGAAUUAACAGCCCAUCCCACUAUGAGGAAAAACAAUAUCGGGGUCUAGUGUCAAAGCACCUCAUCUCCACGAGUUAGGGAGUGGUCACUGCGCUGUGUGGCCCCAAGCCCAGUGCUCUGCAGGAUCCUCUCCCCCACCCUCACUAAACCUCUGAGAAAGGGCUGUAGUUCUCACCCCUAUUCCACAGGAGGGCUCCGUGGCCCCAAACAGCUGCAGGCCUGGCUAUGCAGACUUGAAUGACAGCGGUUCACUGGGGAGGUGAUCCAGGAACAUAGCAGAGGAGCAGAGGGUGAGGGCGAGAAGGGAAGCAAGCGACACAGGGUGCUUAUCAGGCAACUCAGGCCUGGAGGCCAUUGUAGGGAACUGGCUAGCCUCCUGGCCAAGACCUCCAGGAACACACUGGAGCCAGACAAAGUGGGGUUUGCAGACUACUUGCUGUGGUCCCUGUCAGAGGUGUGAGAAGGGUCUGUCAGAGGACUGGGGCUGCUGUGAGGAAACUUUGAAGAGGGUCCAAGGAAGCGGGGCUUGCUUCUGGAUUCCAUGUGAAAGGGAAGCAGGCUCCUUCUAUGAUUGGCAUCUUCCUAAAUUUCAUCCUGAAGGUGGGAGGAAUGAAGCACAGCUAGAGAUGCAACUGACAAAUUAACAGCGGUCACUCAGUUACCAAGGCUGGAGGAUGUCCUGUACUUUUAUCGUUUGCGCAGUGGCCUUGGUUUUCCUGGGCCUGGAUGAGAUUAUGAAGUGGGCUUGUGUUUGUGUCUCACCCACAGUCACAGGGUGGCCUUGUCUGAUAGUGGUACUCUGUGAGACUGCAUAUUUCACAGAGCACAGGACUGAGCUGGGAGGGCCAGGCCACUCUGGCUUUCUCACAGCAGGGAACAGUCACCUCAGAAUUAUCCUACUUGAGGGAUGAGGGAGCUAGGCAUUUAUCCACCAACUCCUGAGAGUCACUGGACAAGGGCUGUUCCUGCAAGCAUCUGUUCCCCAGCACUCCGGCCUGCCCUGCCUCUCAGGUGGGCAUGGCUGAGGGGAUGGGGUGGGUACAGAUGGCAUCUGCUACACACAGAGCUCAGCCAGGAUUUGAGUUCAAGGUCAUCUAAUGCCAAAUUCUGAUUUGUGUAGGGACUGAGGAGACAAGUCCACACUCUGCCCCAACCCAGCCUGGGUGGGCUAGGAAGUGCUUCCUGGAGGAGGCGACACGGUAGGGGCAGGGCUGGGGUAGCCACAGACCAGGGGUAGGGGUCGCUGAGAACUGAGGACUUUAUUCCUGGGCCCUGUGGGUUCUGGAGGAACGAGGGGUAUCUCGGUCUACCUGUGAUGCUACUGCUCUCCAACCUUAACCCUGAGUCUGUGAAGGCCCAUGCAGGGCUGAGACUUGGUAGGCCAGACAUGGAGCAGCCAAUGGUCAGUAUUUGAUGAAAGUAUGAAAUAAAAUUGGGAGCUAAGGAAGGAGCUUAGGUUUCAAGGAGGAGCUGGGCAGAAGGCACAAUCGUACCUUCAAGUUGGGCCCCAAGAACUGGUGGCCAUCAGCAAGAGGAAGGCUGUCUGUGGCUGUCCUCUGGAGCCUGAGGCUGUGGUGACACUACUCCCACCAAGGAUUACCAUGGUCAGUUGGGCAGGUUGUCCACUGCACAAAGGCCCCAGUGAGGAGAUAGAUACACUGAGAUCCAGCCAUGCUCUACCCUCAGGGAUGUGACCUCCCAGGAAGUACCUUUUCCAAGGGUCCUUGGCCCUGCCUCUUUGCCCUCCGGAACCCUCUCAGAGCCCCCUGGGUUCAGCUGGGCCUCAGUGGGAAAGGAAAGGCUGUGCACACUGUCACUGGGACCCCAUACAUGCUCUUGAUGGGCGACUGGAGACAUGACUGUCCCUAGGAAUGGACGGUAUCCGCCUGCCCUUGCAGCCAGUGUUGCCACACUAGAGGGUUGUAGACAAAUGAAAUAUACAUUCCUUUACACAGUUUAGAAAGUACAGAUAAACGUCAAAAAGAAUGUGAAAAGACUCAAUGUCAGGACAUUAACAAUACAUUAUUUAUAUUGCAUAUCUUAACAUGGAACGUCUUGAUAAAAAGGUAAGAUAAUUUUUAUACGGACAAAAUAAGCACAGUAUAAUUCAUGUUACAACAAAGGUUUUAAAAUUUAAAAGGCUGUUUAUACCUUUUAGCCUUGCAAAAUAAUUCAGAAUGGUUAAGUAUCUACCACAGUACAAGCCCUGUUAAAGCAGCAGUGGAAACGUGACCUUUGCUAGGAGAAGAUUCCACUUUAAACACCGUUAUCAGAUACUAUCAUUUUUGUACUGUUUUAACUAUGUCUUAUAAACUGUGUGUUGUGGGAAUUAUUGUGCAUCUAAUCAAAAACAAGUCAGACAUGUAGAUUAAGAUAUAACUGAAGGACACUAUUGACCGCACACACACAAAAAAGAAUACAAACAUUCCUGUAACCACCCCCCACCCCUAGCAAUCACCCCUACACUAGUGCCCUCCAGCCUUUCUCUGUAUGUUUGUCUGUGUGUCUGAGCUGUAACAGAAAACAAUGCGAUCACACUUCCAUUUGGGGCCUGAACCUGAUCAGGUUUUCUAACGUGGAGUAUGCUCCUGUGUUCAGGUGCUUGGCAACCCCCAAGAAGAGGUUAGGAAGGGCCCAGCCUGGUGCCCUGGCAGUUUAAACGCAUAGUCCCCACAUUUGCUGGCAAUCUUCCCAUUGAAAGGUGAGGUCUAGGUUUCUACUGUUGAGUCUGAGCUCUGUGACUGCUCAACUAAUAGAAUCCAAUAGAAGAACUGUUUCCAGGUCAAGGCCUUAAAAAACUGGCAGCUUUCACUUCCUGUCUUCUGGAAUGCUUACUCUUGGAACCCAGCCUCCAUGCUGUAAGGAAGUUCAAGCAGCUCUUUGGAGAGGCCCACAUGGAAAGGGAGUGGCACCUGGCACCAACGUGUUGGCCUUGCCUGUGAGUGAGUCAUCUCAAAAAUGGACCUCCGACUCCAGUUGAGCAGCGCUCACCCCCGCUGCAAUACUGCGCGGAGUAGAGGGGAGAUGUCCCUGCUGAGUCCUGCCUCAACUGCACAUUCCUGAGCAAAACAAAUGGCUGUUGUCACUGUUCUAAGCUACUAAACUUUGGGGUGGUUUGUCAAGCAGUACAGCUAUCUGGAAUACUGGAGCACCCCUGCCUGGCAUCAGUGAUCAGUCCAGGGUUGAGCACGUGUUCUAAGCCAAGCCUAUGGGCACCUACCCUGAGAGGAGGCAUUAGAGUGCUGGGAGAGAUGCUGUCCCGUCCUCUGGGACCAUGAGCUGCAAGGACCCUCCACAGGACUCUGAAGCUGUCAGCAGCCAUGUCCCCUGGCUGCAGAGGGGGAGGUAGGCUUCUAUGGAAUGAGGAAGCACGGAUGGGAGACCCAAGAAAGGGACAGAGUCCUGCAGACACCUCAUGGCACUCCAGUCAGGAGGGUCCCUGGUCUAAGCUAGGUGUCUGCCCCUUGCAACUAAGGCAGCCACUUAAACCAAAUGAAUGACUCAAAGGCCUGAACCUCAGUUUCUCAUCUGUAAAAUGGGGCCAACGAGAGCUCAUCAGCGAUAGCUAGAUUCUUACUGAGAAAGUGAAGCUGUUGGCAGCAGGAAAAGCAAAGGUUGUUCUUUUCCAUGAACAGAUCUGGAGGGGGUUUAUGUCAGAGCUGACCUUCCCAGGCACCAUUUCCUUCCAAGCUUCUGCUUCCUGAAUUCUGGGUGCCUCACCAUGCUAAAUGCCCUAAAGCACUGUUCAUGCCACCUCCUGUUGGCCCUGGGAGGAGGAGUCCUGCCAUCCCGUUUUGCAGAUGGGAGACUGAGGCACAGAGAAGCCAGCCAAUAUGCCUAGUUCCCGUGGUUGGAUCUAGGCAGACAGGCCCAGAGCUUAUCUCAGAGAAGGUCUGAGAUAAGCUGUGCUGCUAUGGGCAGGCUCUUUCUCCCCCUUCCCUCCACGCCCCCCCCAGUCUCUCCCCAUCUGUAAAACAGGUGACUUCCAAACAGUCUCCCCGGGCUGAGUCUCUCUGACCCCUUCAUGUGAAGAGGCCUUGGCCAGGCUUCCUCGCCUUGUGAGAGACCACCUGUGGGCUGCACACAGAUGCCACCAUCCCUGGGAAGCCCCAGAAACGUCUUCCCCAAAGGUUUGAGCCAGGCCCCGAGCCUAAGCCUCUGAGGUACCUUCCUGGGCUGAGAGUUCCAGGCUCAAAGGGUGUGGCUGCCAUCUCCUGGGCUGUACCUCGCCAGUCUAAGCCUGCCAGGACCCUCCAGUUCAACCAACCCUUUUGUGGGGAGGUAGGGAAAAGAGAGAGGGGCUCUUACCCCAGGUAACUUAUCCCAGGUCAACCAGUAGGACAGGGCAGGAUGCGGAGGGCUAGGAGUAGAUGAAGAGGCAGGGGCUAAAAUCCUGAGCCUUGAGGACGGGUGAGGUCUGAGCAGCCUGCUGGGUCUAUGCUGGACAGACCAGGAGGCUGGGGGCAGGUGUGUGAGGCAAGUCCGUCCUACUCCUCCCCUGACCGGGGACUGGGCUCCCUCCCUGUGCACUGGGCAGGUGCUGAGCAGCAAAGAAGCUUAAGUUCCUCUGUGCUGCACCACUAACUGCCCCUGACCCACCUGUGUUCCUUCUUACUGCCUGGCUUAGGUAGAGCAGCUUCAGGUCACUGAACACACAGGUACCUGCCGCCAAGGAGGGGUGGGGGGCUUCCCCUGGAGUUCUGGCCUUAGAGAUUAACUCCUUACAGUGCCAUCAUGAGGCCUAAUCCCCACGGCUAGUGAUUUUGGACAAGACACUUCCACUGCUCUGAGCUUCAGUUUCCCCAUCUGUGAGAUGAGGGGAAUCUAUGUGUUUUCUCACAUGUGGAAUUCAGAAGUGCCAUGGGAAUGCUUGCAAUCACUUCUGUUUAUGCAGUAUUUAAAAUCUUUAUUUUUUCCCUUUUCUCUGAUUACAGAACAGAUACAUGCUCAUUGUAGAAAAUCCAGAUACUACAGAAAAAGAUUCAUGAGGCAGGAAACACCAUUCAUAAUCUCACAGCUCAGAGGUGACCCGGUGAAGGUGCUGGUGUGGGGAGUGAGGAGCCUGGGAGCAGCCAGCAGGGCCAGGCCCACAAGGAGGCCUCCCCCCGCCCCUGCUGGCUAUGGCCAGCUCCUGAGCAGGCCUUGUGGCUGUAUCUGCUCUGUGACUCAGUCCCCAUCACCCUAUGCCCGUGUCUCCUGGUUAUCACUAUGUGACUCACCUCUCUCAGCCCUCCUCCCCAGAAAGCCAAAGGCAAGCCUUGCUGAAAGCUCGCUGAUGGGGGUGGCAGCACAGCCAGUGGGGUUCCGGCUCUGUCCCUGACCAGGCCCUCCCCCACCCCAGUGCCCCUUCUCCCCAGCACACUUCCUCUGAUUGUCUCUACAGGGGCUAGACCCUCACAUUCUUUCGGGGUAUUGGGUCACUAGCUCAGAUAGUGCGCAGAGGGCUCCUGGCAGCCCCGUGAGGCCAAUGCAUCAUUUCUCAGUGGAACUUUCUGGACUUUAUCCACUAUGAGAAGUUUUUAUGAUGAAAAACUCACUUUUCUAUUGAGCAGAAGCUAGUCAAAAAUCCUUUAAAAGAAAAACGAAAAGCAUUUUCUGUUCCUACAAUUAUUAUCAGAUUUGAUGGGAAUACACAAGCCAAGCACAAAUGAACCCUCCCCCCGCCAGCUUAUCUACCCUCCCAGGCCACCAAGGGCAUCAGUGGGGGGUAAGAAAGGCUUUCCGGGUGUGGCCAUGCCCCAGCUAAGCCCUGAGGGAAGAGGAGACCCCAGAACAGAGCAUAUCCUGAAACCUCAGCAGCACAGGUGGUAAGCCCACUUUACAGGGCAAAAUACAGGGACCCUGGGCUUUCAGACCUUUCCUGCCUCCCUGGUUCCUUCCCAGCCAGCUACCUUCAGUUUGUUCAUUCAACAAACAUCCCCCAAGAGUGUACUGUGUGCUCCUAGUUACAAACCAAGACAGGGGACCAGGUAAUGGGGGGUGCUGUGUCCCCAGAUAUGGAGAGGCCAUGGAGUUGCCAGUUCCUUGGGCAGGCAUCUGUGUCCCAACUGUGCUUAAAAAUGAAAAAACUGCUGUGGAGCCAAUUCUGACUCAUAGGGUAGCCCUGGUGGUGCAGUGGUUAAGCACCCGGCUGCUACCCGAGAGGUUGGUGACUUGAACCUACUAGCUGCUCUAAGGGAGAAAGACGUGGUGGUCUGCUUCCGUAAAGAUCACAGCCUUGAAAACCCUAUGGGGUAGUUCUGUUCUGUCCUAUACAGUCACUAUGAGUCGGAAUUGAUUCCACAGCCAGUCUGGGUUUUUUUAAAAUCUUCACGGAAGCAGAUUGUCACAUCUUUCUCCCACAGAGCGACUGGUCAAUUCCAACCGCUAACCUUUCUGUCAGCAGAUGAGCUGUAAGCUCUUAACCACUGUACCACCAGAAGAAAAAAAAAAACACCAGAGCACCUUCCAAUUGUGCUGGAGGCCAUAAAGCACCUCUUGACAGCAGUCACAGUUCCCCUUCCAACUUCCUCUCUCUGCUUGGGAGUCCUCUCCAUUUCAGAUAUGAACCUCUGAGGCCCCACAAGCUGCAGGGCCUUGAAACUGUCCACAUAGAAUGGCUCCAUCGCUCCCAGCAGGCUCUUCACUGGGUGGGCGGGCAUUACGGAAGGCUCCCUGAAGGAGGGAGGCGACCCAGACACAUGUAACCCAGGCACUGCUCCCAGUCUGGGUGGAGACAGGCCCCACAUGGUGGGCCUGCACGUUGCAGUUCAGAGGACGCUUGAGCACAUCACUGUCUCUCCUAGCCUCAGGAAGGUGGUAUGACUGUCUUCAUUUCACACAAGGGAAAAUGAAGCCUCAGGGACACAAGGCCCAAGCCCUGCUCUAGGGCGGAAAGGACUGUCUGAGAGCCUCAUGGAACUGAGGGUGGCAGGGGCAGGGGGGGCCGAGCCUGGUGGUCUGUCCUCCCUGGCUGGCCAAGUACCUUGCCCUCCCUGCAUGCUUGGUGUUGCAAGGCGCUCU